AUGCAGGCCGUGAUGCGUUUUGAUACCAGCCUAGGUGCAGAUUAUAGAUUGCUCAGAUUUGAAUGCUUUGAAAGAAACGACCAGCUUGCAGCCCAGUUGGCAAAUUCUGUUCCAAUUUCUGAGCAGGAGACACUUCGGCAGACGUUGAAGAGUGACUUUAUUUCUCGAGAUGAGCACGUGCAACUAUUGGAGGCCUUUCAACGCGAGUUGGAUGAGGCUCAUCUUGUUGCAAAACAGCUGCGUCGGGCUGCCGAUCAAGCCAAUGAACACUUGUGCCAGGAAAAAGUAGUUAUCCUGGAUGAUUAA